CUAAAACUUGUUGACCCGGUCAAGUUCUUCAUCUCCAUUUUAGAAGCGCAUUUGUGCAGCGUGAACGCUGUGUUCUCUUUUUCUUUUGUUUGUCAAAUCUAUAUUUUAAAAUCUCAUCUAAUUUAAUUUAGAUGUAGAUGGCAAAUUCCAUAAAGAUGCUUCAUAAUUCCAGUGAAUUGUUGGCCAGGAGCUAUCGAGAGACGCAGACAGAUCAGAGGGAAAAGACAGAAGGAGUGUUACUGGGGUCUCACCAACGGCCGGCUAGGAAACUCAUGACGUAGGAUCGUUUGGAGUAUAAAAAGGGUUUGGGAGAGUAACACAGGGGGUUCACUGUGUAUUACAGAGUCCCAUAUUUACUGCACAUCCAGAUCUGAAGAAGUACGUACAGACGCCCUGCAUAGAUUUCCCUUCAGUAAACUGUGAACGAUACUAGAAAUGGUCCUGCUUGCAAUGAUACUCCUGUUAUCAGUUACACUUGGAGAGACUAAUCCCACAAGGGAGUAUACUGAAGAUGCUGAGGAGCAAGUGCUCAAAGUUUUGCAGAGAAUCGCCGCACGACCCACACCUGAAUCUCUGGCAUCCAAACUCUCAUCUCACCUCCCCAUGGACAUGUCCAACCCAUGGCUAAGUGCACGAAUUCCCAGCAGUUCAUGGUGGUGGCACCCUGAAAAACCUCAUCCUGAAACCAAGAGGAGGCAGAAUCUUGCAUCAUAUAAUCUUAAUUCAUUCGGCCUUCGUUAUGGGAAGUAAGAUCAGGCCAUGGCUACAGAAUGGAUUCUGCUCACAACUAUUAAGCAGUUAUGAUUAUUGUCAUUUUCUGAUGCAUUUUUAAUUAUAUUUGGCUUGACAGUAUACCACUUUGUCUGCUUUGUCUAUUUUGACAGCAACACGUAGUUGGGAGUAGUGAAUAAGGAUGACUGGCACCAGUCUUAUAAAAUCUUCUAUUCGCAUCAAAUAAA